AUGGAUGAGUCCGGCAUCGAUAUGGGAUACGAUCUUGCAUCCCUACUGACGAAUGACUUCAAUGUUGACCAGAAGAUUUUGGAGGAGAUGACGACCGGUCCGCCUCAGCAGGACUUUAUGUUUUACGAACUUAAAUCGAAAGCAGUACCGAUAACUGAAAGGUAUGAGGAACAAUUUCUCCGAAGAUGCUACUCAUGGCCCUGA